GAAAGUGGAAAAAACAAAGUUGGGAGUGCAGAGAAGAAAAUCUCCCAGCUCUAGACAGUCACUGAAGGCAUCCAGUCUAUUUCUAUUUCUUUUUGUUUUUGUCUUUUUCGUUUUUAUCGGUUCCAGGGAUCGAAUUCACAACUGCCUGCUUUCAAGGCAGGCGCUUAUGCUACUGAGCUAAAUCCCCAGUCCCCCCCCCCCCCUUUUGUCUCUCUGGUCUAUUUCUUGACAAAUUUUUACCAUAUGCUUUUUGGUGACUGUAGCCUGGAGAAUGGGGAGGUGGCAGUGGCUGGUAUCUCCAGCCAGCAGCCACCAUUCUAUGCCAUAGGGUUCCUGGUCUCCAGGAGGUGGGGUUCAUUGCUGUCCCUGUGGCUCUGCUGGGACAGACACUCUGGCUGCCUGAGAGGCGGGAACAGCAGGUAGCUCCGCCUGCAGCCCACCAGGGUCUGUGAAGUGGGUGGGAGGGCUGCACGGGUGUAGCGGGGUGUGGCAUGCUUGCUUCCGGGAGGAGCAGCGCAGGUGCAGUGGCGCAGCCGACAGGUAGGCACUGUGCCCUGGUCCUUGCUGGGUGAUUGAGCUUUGUAGCCCAGGACACAGGCAGCCGAGGUGCAAGGCGUCCACUGCUGGCCCUCCUCCCCUUCCCGGGUUUGGCCACUGGGCGGCUUCCGACCCGGGUCCAGGGAGCCUGAGCUGUCAGCUUGGCUCCCGCCUGCCGCUGCUGGGACCUGCUCUCUUUCUGGAGAUUGCCCCCUCCUGACUAGUAGGUGGGAUGGGUGUGGCUGGAUGGGUUGGAAGUUAGAUAGCAGGUGCCUCUGGCUUAGGAGGACCUGAGAUAAAACCCAAAGGGCAAGUCAAAGGAGGGGGUGUUAAGUCCAGAAUCUAGGGCCGCUGAUAAGGGCUGCUGGAGGCACCAAACACCUGCCCGAAGGCUGGGAUCUUGCACCUGCCCUGUGGGGCCUGGGAGCCAGGUGGGAGGAGUUCACCUCGCCUGCCAGCUGUCAGGAUGCCAGGGCAUCGAAGGCUUGGCCAAGGGAAAGACUGAUCCGGACAGGCCCAGUCCUGGUCAGGCCCAACUUGAGACCCCAAUACCAGGGUAUGGUAGGGUCUCUUCCACACCCAAGCUCUCCUCUUGCUGCCAGGCACCCAUUUCUGCCCCCUCACAAGCGCUCUUACAACUAGCCUUGAAGAUCGACAUCCCCAGUCCUUGUUCUGGCCUGCAGCUAUGUUCCUGCCCACUGGUCCCUAAGUCUGUGCCACCUGACCAGGCCUAGGGUCCCCCAAGCCUGCAGCAGUCCCACCGGCACCUGUCUUCUUCUGGGUUGGAGCAGGAGACCCUGAGCAGCAAUUGCACCCCACUUUCACUUUUUCUACCCUCCCUUAGCUCUGUAGCCCCCAUGGCCAGCCCUGGGAAGCCUGGGGCUGUGGAGGCCCAGGAAAAGGAGGAGAAGGAAGAGGAGGAAGGUGGCUCUGCAGGACACAGCCUGGGUCCAACGGUGCUGCAGCAAGCCCAGGAGCUCUUCCUGCUGUGCGACAAAGAAGACAAGGGCUUCAUCACCCGGCAGGACCUACAGAGCCUGCAGAGCGAUCUGCGCUUGACAACGGAGCAGCUGGAGGCCGUAUUUGAGAGCUUGGACCAGGCCCGAACCGGCUUCCUCACCGCCCAUGAGUUCUGUCUGGGCCUGGGUGAGCUGGGCCUCCUCUCCCCAGGCUUCCUGUGCACCUCGCACAGAGGACUCUUGCUGCCCCAUGUGCAACCCUGCCAAGACCCCAGUGGGGCCAGAACCCAGCUGUCACAACCUAUUCCCAGGGCAACAGGACUAGAAGAAAGAACAAAAACAGGAAACCCGGCCUGGGAGAGGGCAGGAUAUGUGGGGGGAAGUGGAAGGAAGGCCAGUUUGGCAAAGCUGUUCCUAAUCUCUCCUGUACUCGCAGGGAGGUUUGUGGGGCUGCAACUGGCAGAGGCUGUGAGCCCUUCAUGGACUCCAGAGGACACCUUCGAGUCAUCGGAAGCCCAGGGAUUCCGGGGCUCCCUGGGGGAAGAAGGGGAAGAUGAAGAGGACAUGGAACGGUUCUGCGCUGCGCUGGAGCAGCUGGGGGUGGCCCGGGUCCUGGGCGAGCAGCACGCAGUCAGGGCGCUCUGGGUCCGACUGCAGCUCGAACGACCUGAGCUGCUGGGCUCCUACGAGGAUGUCCUGCUGCGCGCGUCCGCCUGUUUAGAGGCGGCGACCCGGGAGCGCGACGGCUUGGAGCAGGCGCUGCGGCGGAGGAAGAGCGAGCACGAGAGGGAGGUACGCGGCCUCUACGAAGAGCUGGAGCAGAAGUUGCAGGAAACUCGGCCGCGCAGGCAGAGCCAGUGGGGCGCCGAGGCUGAAGCGCCUCGUGCACCCCAGAACCCGCCCCGCGAGGAGCGGAGGGGCCGCCUAGAGCUGGAGCUGCAGAGCUGCGAGCAGGAGUUGGAGCGCGCGGGGCUGCGGCAGCGGGAGUUGGAGCAGCAGCUGCAGGCCCGGACCGCAGAACAGCAGGAGGCAGAAGCCCAGCACGCGCAGCUGCGGAGCGCAUUCGAGGCGCUGCGCGCGCAGCUGGAGGGGGCACAGGAGCGGCUCAGUCGGUUGGAGGGCGAGGCGCAGGGACGCCACAAGCAGAUGCAAAGGGACGUGAUCGCAGUCUCCAGGAACAUGCAGAAGGAGAAGCUUAGCCUCUUGCGUCAGCUGGAGCUGCUCAGGGAGCUGAACACACGACUGCGGGACGAAAGGGACGCCUGUGAGGCUAGGCUGCUGGGCAGCAACCACAGGAAGCCCCUGGACACCGCAGGCCUGCUCAGACCCUCCUGCUGCUGCUGGGCUCGGCCGCCCAGACGCGGUUCCGGCCACCUACCCAGUGCCCGGUAACCACCCCGCCUGGACUCCCACAGGAGCUGCCCCUCGAAGUCCACUUGUCCUGGGUGCAGGCUGCCCCUGAGCAUCCCACCAGCUCUAAGCCGUGGACCUCGCGCGCCCCUGCUGUUCUGCACUCUGUCCAGAAAAAAGAAAAAAGUGCACGGCUCAAUAAAGUGCGCACUAUCGUA